AUGGCUCCCACGCGAGGUCUCGCCCGCAAACCUAGCAUAGCUAGGAGCCGAAGGGACUCGCAGAUCCCGGCUGGCUGGAUGACGGCUUUCGCCUUCCAGCGGGCAAAGCACACACCAGCCCCCGAAGCUGCCCCUGUCGCGUUCAGGCCAGCCCAAGGAGCAUCUCAGUUACCAGCAGUUACACUUGCAACCGGCGGCUGCUGCCAGCCCCAAGCGAGAGGGAGACCGGCACAGUACCAGAGGAGACGCGUUGGCCCGCGGGUUUCAGCCCGCCCCGGGCCGCGGGCGCCGUCCCCCCAACGCCGCUCCUGCGCGGCUACCGGCAGCGAGGGGCGAACUAAGAGGCGUUUCCCAGGUUUCCGCAGGCCUACGAGACAUGUCCGCCCCCGGUCGCUGGGGACAGCGGGGUCCCGGCCUAGAGCCGGCUGGGACCAGGCGCUGCCCAGCCAGGAACGCAGCGGUCGCACUCGCCUCCCCGCGUCGGGCAGGGCCGGCCGCCCCGGCAGCGAGCGCUUCACUGCCCUUCUGGAGAGAACCGUUAAAGUCACCUUAAAAUGCGGCGUCUUCCAAGGGGUGCUGCAGCACGUGAACCCCGACCGGAGCCUCCUCCUGCGCGCAGUGAAGAACUUGGAAACUGGCAGAAGCACUCCAGGAGUAAAGAUGUUUUUUGGCCGUGAAGUAGUUGAUGUGGAAUUGCUGGAUGAACCAGAGUCAGGGAACGGAACAGCAAUGCUUUCUGAGUUCACUUCAGCUGUUGAAGGGAACAAACAAGCAGACACAGGACCAGCAGAUUGUGGCCCACGGAGUUCUCCUUGCGUUUUCCAAGAGAGCCAGCUCAGAGCCUCAAAUAGCUUAAAAUACUCCCUCUCAGAGAAGAAGGAAGAAGAGAACGUGGAGUACACAGUUGUUGAUUGUUUCCAGCAGAAAUUUGGCCCAGCAGUGCUGCACCUAAAACAGCAGUGUGUUGUCAGUAUAGCAGCAGAAGGUGUUAAUUUGUGUCGUCAUGGAAAACUCUCAUGGCUUGAGAUAGCAACAAAGAGCCAUAUUUUUCUAUUUGAUAUCUUCCGUCUGGGACCUCAGGCUUUCAAAAAUGGAUUACAAAUGGUGUUGGAAGAUAAAAACAUCUUGAAGGUUAUGCAUGACUGCCGCUGGAUCUCAGACUGCCUCUUUCACCAGUACGGUGUCCUUCUCUUCAAUGUCUUUGAUACGCAGGUUGCUGAUGCUCUGCAGUUCUCAAUGGCAACGGGUGGCUUCCUUCCGCACCGUGUCUGCACGUUACAGGAGUGUUUGAUGCAGCACUUGAAGAUACCUUCCAAAUGGGAUGCCGUCAUGAAGUGCAGGCAGCAGGUGGCUUCAGAGAAUCCUGACAUAUGGUUCUUGAGACCCCUUCCAGCUUCUCUGCUUAAAGCACUUGCUCUGACGGCUAUGUACCUUCUGCUGCUCCACUCAUCUCUGAUGGAUAAUUUGAUGUCUGACCUAACAACUGUAGUACAUGAUUAUUUAAAUGCUUAUAGGACUGGGUCCGGAGAUCACCUUGGGAGCACAAAGCCCACUUGCAUGGAGCUGCCAGAGGAGCUGCGUCAGCUGGCAGACAUCCAGAAGCUGCGAAGGGACAAAGCAAUAAAAAACUACAAAAUGAAUGAGGAUGGUCUUUUGAUCAGACCAGCCAUGGAAUUAAAAGAGAGAAACGAUCCACAGAAGGAUGGAAACUACAGAGACGACGGGGAUUGCUUUUGCAAAAGUAAAGCGGUGUCUCAAAUUACAUCAUUCUACAAUCAGGAUGUACUUUGUCAAGAAAAGCUUGAAAAUCAAAAUCAAGUGGUAAAUCUGUGGAAGAACCUUAAACCGACCUCAAGCUAGCUGUACGAAUCUAAUUUCUGAUACAGGUGACUUGAUGAGCUUAGACUGGGUAUUUGAAGACAUCCAAAUGAAAAAAGGGGCUAUUCCCCAUGCAGAAGUGUCAAACAAAAGCUCCUUUCUUUACAAACCCAUUGUUGAAUGGAAAUAAUGAUGGUCUUUCUUACAAAGGAAAUUCCUUCUGUGUCUGGCUGUUCUUCUUCAGGUCUACUUUUGAGAUCCAUUUUUUUCCAAGAGCUAUUUUUGAUUUUAAAACAGUGACUUUUGUUUUUCUUGCGUUGUUAUCAGACCAAUGUCUUAAACCGUAUUGGUUCUUUUGUUACCUGUUGCAAAUAUGUAAAACUCUCAUUCAAUCCAGAUGUGUGAACAGGGGAGCUUCUAAGAUGCCUGUUCAUUGAGAUUAGAAAGGGUUUGCUUGGAAAAAUUAAAAAAACCUUCUGGCCAGUCCAUGUGGGCUUGGUUUAUAUACAGAUAAGUCUCUUGGCAUAGCU